UGUACUGUUUAUCAAGAUCCUGAGCUGCCUCCGACAAGAACAAUCCUGCUCAAAGUUUAGCAGUGCAGUGCCUAUGUUUGGAGCUAUGCAUUUAUCUCUUCACGAAUAAGGUGUGGUUAACCUGAACCUACCUCAACAUGUUUGUCAGCUUUAAUCACUCAGGGAACUCGAAAACACUAUAGCUUGCCGAGGACGACAUGGAGCCAAAAGCUAACUCUGAGGUCACUGACGCUAUGGAGUCGGAUCUUCUUCGCAGUGUCCACGCGAUCCUGCUGGAGUUAGACGGGCAUCAUACGGCUUCUCAGUUCAACAGAGGAAUGCUGAGAUGGACCUUGCACAAGAAAAUUGAAAGGAACCCCGCCAACAACAGCACCUUGGUUAAAAUUGUUGUUAAAGAGCUAGAGAGGGCAGAGAGGUCUGAUAAUAAACUUCACAUUAUUCCUCUCCUUCACACACUCAUGUACGCUAUAUUACAGGCCGUUUACAUUCCAGAUGACCUGUACAAGAGGGUUUAUGAAUUCUGUAAAAGAUUACUGACGCUGCCUCAGCCCUACUGCACAGUUGGACUCAGCCAUGCAAUCCGUGUAAAAAGUGAAAGACUGACCCCAGGUGUUCUGUACCAGAGAAUGGUCCUUUCUGAACAAAACAUUAAAAAUGAACAAUACCAGUACCUUGAAAAGGUGUUCGUGUUUGCAGACCCUGCCCUGUUAUCAAUGGAGAUGAGCGCGGCUCUCAGCAGUGAGAUCGAGUCAGCCAGCACCUGCAGGAGCCACAUGAGCUACAUGUGUGAUGUCAUCGUGCACACCAUGCAGGCUGCGCUGGGGGACAGCUGUGACGCCCCGACUCUGGAGUGCAUGCUGAAGGCGAAAGGCCAAGACACGAUUGAGCUGUGUUUCCGGGAAGUGGUGGCGACUGUGGAGGUGUGUGCAGAGGAAGCUGGAGGAAACCACAGCUUGUACACAGGCAGGCUGCAACAGCUCUACACAACCAUCGUCAGCUCUGCAAACCCAGAUGGACAGUCCAGUAGCACACUUUUUGGCAUUCCACUCCCCAACCCUGAAAUCAGCUUUCACCUUUGGAGAGAGGACGAGCUUUUGUGGAAAGAACUUGCAAAAUUCACCAGGUCAGCGCCCUCCAGCGAAGUUCUCUCCAGUGACUCUGCAUCGUUUGAGAUGCCAGACCCCGUAUCGGACCUCACCUCCAGCGAGCUCCUGCGGCUCUCGAUCCUGUCGACGGACAGCGGCAUCGAGAGAGACCUGCCCCCCAGCGAGCUGCCGGCCGUCAGCGAGGAGCCCUCUGCUGGCCGCAGUGAGCAGGAGCAGGGGAGGCUGUUCAGGAAGGGUGGGAUUAAGAUGAAGCCCUCGGUGUCGGACGGCAUGGCUCUGCUGCAAGACACCCUGGAGGAGACAGGUGCGAGCCCCCCGGGGAAGCUGCAGAGGAGAGCGGGGAGCCAUGGGUUACCAGGCGGCAGACAGCAGAAGCUCUACACAGCUCGCAUUGUGGUGCUGGGCGACGACAGGAUUGUAGGAAGACUUGCAAAGGCCUACUACUCACUAAGGAAAAGAGACGCAAGAAGACCGUUUCUGACGCAAAAACUGAACCUGCAGAUUUACUACAUACCGGUAACUCACGAAGAGUACUCUUUCACCAAGGAAAAUACUCCAACUGCAGGAAGUGAUCUGUGUCAGCUGGCUGCGUAUCUGGGCAGGGUUGAUCCGUGGUAUGAAAACAACAUCAGAAGUCUCUGCCAAAUGAUACCCAAGCUGGCAAAAAUGAAAUCCUGCUCUGGUAAGUCCUCAGAGGCAAACCCUUUCCUCACCGAUGUCAUCUCCUACUACGUGCGAAUGGGGCUGCAGCCUGUCUACUUCUGCAUAUACUCAGUCAAGAUGGCAUUUACCUGCCUGACCAAAGAACACGUAGAGGAUGUGUUUGUCACCCAGCUCCAGAUUGACAUCCCGGAAUGUAUGGGCUUUUCAGGUACAAUGAAAGGAAGUAAUUGUGGAGCAAUGAUGACGAUCUCCUACAAAAAGGCAUCUCUAAGCAACAGGGAAGUUGAAAAGGGGCUGUCGUUACGAACUUCUGGGUUGGUUAUGAGAGCUAUUCCCACCUGCGAAACUGAAGACCUUGACUGUCUGACUGUGAGCUUCUCUGAGGGGUCUAAGGUGAAGGCAGGUGUGGACGGCAAGAUUAGAACCUGCAAUAUUAAAAUCAGGACGCUUGAACGAAAACCUUUCACUGUUUGUCUUGACCAGGACUACCGGAGGAUCUUUAAGAACGUUGCAAGCAUUGAAGUAUCGCCAUGCUUGGAGCCUGGUUACGUUAUGCAGAAAAUGCAGAAUUCAAGAUUCAGUGUGUCUGACCAAGAAGACAUCGGACUGACCAAAUACAUGUCCAAGGUGCUUCCCCUGCCAAUCAACACGUUUGCCGGGAUCAUACAAUGACAGUCGAGGGGAAAAAUACAACAGGUGUUAACUACAGCACUUUACAGAUGUGUACAGAUGUGUGCCACUGCAGGCGUGGUUCACAAAAGCUGUGUUCACCUGCAGCAGACAACGUCGUUGAGAGGAGCAGGACACUUAACCUGAUAUAGAAUAUCAUGGCAUAUAAAAAACACUGGUGAGAUUGUGUUUAACGUGGGACCUCGUUUAGAGGCAGCUCUCCUCUUAGCGUAUCCUUCAUAGCAGUGUCAUCGGCUUCAUAUAGUGAAGAAACUGAAAUUCUGAAACAGAACAACCACACACACCUCUACACAGGAGUCAGCAUUGAAGAAAUCAACAUGCUGGCCUUGGAAACAAAACCCUUUUCAAUAUUAAAGCCCAUGGGGAAAACGUUACAUGUUAAUGGAAGGCAAAGAACAAGAUUCUCACAGUUUUACAUACAGCCAAAAGUAUUCCAAAAGUAUCAAGGGGAGAACGCUACCCAGGCAAAAAAAAUGACCUUCCAUUAGUUCAUGGAACAUGAUUAAUAUUAAUGGCGUAAUGUGACUUGUGUAACAUUUUACUAGCUAGUUUUGCAACUGCAACAGUUUCAGUGGGUGCACAAUGUAUGUACAAUGGACUGGCAUCUUAGAUAUUAAAAAUAAACAGCAGCUAUCAGUGCUGGUAUUAACAGAGGGCUGGUUCACGUUGGCAUGUGAGUGUGCAGGUGUUCAAAGCAACAAUAAUCACAGGGAUGGGGAAUAAGACUCCCAUUGAAUAGCACUUUGAUCCAUUCCUGGUUUUACUAUGAGUUUAAUAAGACACACCUGAGCUUGUUACCUACACACUGUGUAUAAUCAAGCUCAUAAUGAGUCUUAUUUACAUGCCUGAAUCAGGACAUCAGCACUGUCUUGGCUGCCAAAUGGAAAAGUUCAAUGUAGGCAAAAGACAAAAUAGUUUACACUCCUGUCUGCAUCGUCUAAUCUGCGAUGUAGCACUUGCUGCUGCUAAAAAUAAUCUGAAGGAAAAAAAAAGACUACUUGGGAUUAUUUUUAUAUUUGCUGGAAAGACUGACUUUACUGUGCAGUAUCCUUUAAUAUGUGAGCUAAUUCUGCAUGAUUUAUUUAUGUUCUGGUGAACACUCUUGAAACCUGCUGGCCUAUUAGGCAGACUCUGUUGAGAAGUAUUUCAUUUGUGGCUCAGCAUUCAGGAAUAUGAGGACACUGCAUCGUGGUAUUGUUUGAAUGAGGAGGCCCUGUAGCAAAUAAACAUGUUGAGGACAGGAAAACAGCAACCAGAUGCACAUACAGAUGACACUGUAAGACAAGAAAACAGCACUGUGAUGACACAUGGGGUUGCAGUGGAGUUUGAAUGCAAUGCAGAAGUUUAGUGUAGUAUACCAUUGUUAAUCCCUUCAGGUAUACAAGGAAUUGAGCUUUUGUUGUUAAAACAUCUUUUUUCUUAAAAUACAUUUCAGAGU